AUGGCUCCAGUUACAAGGCCUUUUAGCCGAUUAGCCUUGUCAUGCUCCAGGCAAGCUACGUCGAGGUGCACCUCGUCCUUAUACACACAGCAGUCAUGCUGGACAUUUAGACGACAGCCAUUCUCCGCUGCUUCUACGCGGUUAUCUACGAGCAGUGAAGAAACUGAGAUUUCUGAUUUAAACUACGACUUUACAAACCUGCCCGAACUCGAAAAGCAACUCCAGAAAGAAGUCGACAGCACUGUUCGUAAUCUCCGCAAGAAUGUGAAUUACAAUUUCCGUGAACUACCGAAGCAGAGGACGGGCUACUGGGGCGCUGAUGAUGAGGAUGACCUCAUGAUGCAAGUGGAGGACGGCGACGAUGAGUUUCACCAGGAUGACAUGACGUCUAUGGCACAUGCUGAACUCGAAGAACACCGAGAGCUCAGAGAAUAUGCGCGUAUUGUAGCAUGGGAUAUGCCAUCAUUGAGCGCUCUUGCGAAACCUUUCACACUCCCGCCACAAACCCACGUUCUCCGUUUCCGACAAACAACCUAUCUGGGUGAAACUCAUCCCGCGGAAACAAAAAUAGUAGUUGAACUAUGCUCCAAAGAUCUCACGCCAACGUACCUCACAGAAGAGCAACGGAUCACACUUCUAAAGCUAGUUGGACCGCGUUACAACCCUGACACUGACAUCAUUCACAUGUCCUGCGAAAAAUUCCCUACUCGUGCUCAAAACAAGCGGUAUCUCGGCGAUCUAGUCAACACGCUCAUCAAGGAGGCCAAGGAGGGUGAUUCUUUCGCGGACAUCCCGUUAGUAUUUCCUCAUCACAAGCCGAAGAAGAGAUAUGUGUUCCCAGAGUCAUGGAACGUGACGGAGGAAAGCAAGAAGCAAAUAGAAGCAGCAAGACAUCAAAUCGACGAUAUAGUGGCUAAAAAGGGGAUCGUGGACGGGAACGAAGUGAUUGCGCAGGCCGCGAAGACGCUUCCUGCCCUGGGCGCAAUGAAUCAAUUAUUACCAUCAGCGCAAACAGUGCCAGUAAAGAAAGGGCAGAAAUCUCGUGGGCCCAAGGCGAGAAAUUGA